AUGAUUAAGGAAGAAAGGCCGGAUUGCAGUAGCGCAACAUUAGCAUUCUUGGUGCAUGGAAUUGUUCUAUUCCCUAAUAUAGAUAAAUUCAUGGAUCAUUUGUUCUUGGAAGUCGUCGUAGCCAAUAACUUGAUGCCAUUAUUGCUCGCCGAAUUUUAUCAUACCUUCCAUACAAGGCAUGAGAAGAAAGGUGGAACCUUUCUUUGUUUUGAUCCUCUGUUGAACUUAUGGAUGAGGGUUCAUAUGCCUCAAAGUGGAUCUUUUUAUUAUAGAAACUUGUCAUGGCCCCAAAAGUUCGCAUCUCUCUUAGACAGUUCAAUCCUUUGGUACAAGAGAGAAUGGGAAGCAAAGGAUAUCAUUGUCAAAUAUGGAGGAUUCCUGAAUGUCCCCUUAAUAGGAACACAUGGUUGUAUCAACUACAACCCCAUGCUACUCAAGAGACAGUUCGGAUACACCAUGUUGAGUCCUCCUGAGGAUCAAGACCUCAUACCUUUCAUUAUCAAUACCGUGGAUCCACUAGAUUUAACUGUGAAGAGAGUGCGAAAAGAUUGGACAAACAUAAUCCGGAUUGACCAAGAGUGGGGCAAGAAGAACAUCCUAGCCAAGGAACCUUACUUUAUUUGGGUAAAAGAGAGGGCUAGGGUUGUCGAUAUUCCUUUACUUUAUGACUCCUCAUCAUUUCCGUUGGUGCCUAAACCCGAGCCCAUAUUACAAGAAGACAUGCAUAAUUUUAUCGACAAGAUACGAGAUCUUGAUUUGGAAAACACUCAAUUAAGAGUGCAACUCAACCAUGCCAAAGAACAUAACCACACCUUGGAAGACAAGGGUAAGCAAGUCUGUGAGAAGUUCGUGGUCAACAAGAAUAGAUUAAGGGAAGUUGAAGGCCAAAGAAUUUUGGUUGGUGGUGUUCUACAAGGAGCCAAUUUUGAGCUAGACGGUCGCAACGACAAGUUGGAUCAAGCGUACCGAACCAUUAGAGAGAGAAAAGGUCCACCGAAGCUUCUUGUAUGA